GAAUGGUACUGCUCACCCACGUACUUUUCAACACUACACGGAACGCCAUCUUUUUUUCCUCGCAAACAUUUUUUUCUUCUCCUGCUUUGUGGGUGUGUUCUUUGGAAUAACACGGAAAAAUCGCUCAGAAUACCAUCAAAACAAAGAGAAAAUUCUAACUUGAGCAAGCCCAGUGGUAAACCGAAUACCACUAAUCAGUUACAGAGCCCGAGAAGCAGCAGCUUCACCCACAUACAUAUUCAUACAUAAUGCCACGCUACCGCGAAUGGGAUUUGGCCUGCAAAGUUUACGUGGGCAAUCUAGGAUCCUCGGCCUCCAAAUACGAGAUCGAGAACGCCUUCAGCAAAUACGGACCCUUGCGCAACGUCUGGGUGGCCCGCAAUCCGCCCGGUUUCGCCUUCGUCGAGUUCGAGGAUCGUCGCGACGCUGAGGAUGCGACCCGUGGCCUAGACGGCACCCGCUGCUGUGGCACCCGCAUCCGUGUGGAGAUGUCUUCGGGCCGAUCACGGGAGGGUCGUGGCGGUGGCGGAGGAGGCGGCGGCGGUGGAGGAGGCGGUUCCGGCGGCGGGGGCCGCGGUGGUGGCAGUGGUGCCCGUGCUGGAGGCGGUGGAAGGGCUGGCGAUGGCGGCGGUCGCUAUAGGAUAAAGUCUUCUUCUUCUACUACAACAAGCACAACAAGAACUACUACAACAACAACAUCAAUAAUAAUAAUAAUAAUUAAAAGAACAACAAAGAAAAAAGAAAAAACAACAACAGCUACUACUACUAGAACUUCUACUACUCCUCUUCCUUCAACAACAACAACCAAAAGAACAACAACAACAGCUACUACAAGAACAACUAGUACAACAGCAGAUCCUGCUCCUCCUAUUACACACAUUUCACCAACAACAACAACAACAGCCACCACACCACCACCAUGCAAUAACAAUUUGUUGUGCGGCCCCUGCCAGAAAUUCAACAAAUUCGAUAUAUUCCGCUGACCACAAAACCAAUAACCACAACCAAACCGAACGACCGCAACACUACACCCCCUCCACCACCUCUUCAGCUCGACCCUGGCCAAGAAAAAACUGAAAAAAUGAAUCAUCAGCAACGAUCCGGCUCCGCAGCUUCAAGAAUAAUGCACCCAAAACCAGACCGAACCACUCACAGUCACCUAACUAUACAUUCCACUAUGGGGCACACGACUAACUAAUUAGAACUAUAGAAAAUAUCAAUCUAUGCCCAUUUCAAAAAGGAUUUAGCUGUUAAAAGUUGGUCUUUUUUCUUUGUGCAAUUAGCGAAUAUUGUGUUGGAAUAAAAAUAGGAUUUAGCAAACUAAGAUGAUCGUUUGCCCCAGAGUGCAUUCCACAUUUCCACAUCAUUUAUAGUCUGUUAGUUGGCAACAUCUUCAGGCUAUACAACAGACACUCACGAACACACUUACACAAACUGCCAUUAACCACACUAAUCACCAAGAACCAGAGCGAAUCGGUCGUCGGCGGCAACAGAGCAACUUCAUCAAGAAUCCAACUCCAAAAUGUAUCUAUUGCAUAUUUAUAUAUAUACACACUCACCAGUCCAGCAACGCUUCAAAAAGUCAACUUCCUACGUCUCCAAGUUGUGCGGUUGUCUUCAGCCUGCUCCUACGUCCCCAACAAACCACCCACCACCUCAUCAUCCGUCAUCUUUAGCGCAGCUACAGCAUCAGCAACAAGCUACAGCUACAAAGACCAACUGCAACAACAGCUUCUACUUCUACUACUACUACUACUACUACAACAACAUCUGGCAGCCAGUCAGCAAAAAGAUCUCUAGGCUGAAAAGCCUUCUGUAGAUCUUUUGUUGAUUCCACCACUCAGUAGUUGCACCUUUCCCUUGCAAUCAAACCAGAUUGAGGCUGCUUCACGCUAAUUCCUUCAAUCGCAGCAAGUAUGAAACCUUUGGCCGCCACCAACAACACUGUCCCUCGAACCGAAACGAAAACAUAACGCCUCCAACAAAAUCCGUUUGUUAUAAUUGUAAUUAUGGUUUUUGAUAAUGUUUUUUUUAUCUUUUGUUCUUGUAUCCUAACAUCUACUGAGAUAAUGUUGUUCGCGCUAACUGUCUGCUCUCUGUGUAUAUAUAUUGUGUAAAUGUGUUUAUGCAUUGAUCCGAUCAGCUCGAACUCACAGUCAGACAGUUCACCAACCAAACGACCCCACCACCAAUCGACCAAGCACCAGCAGCAUCAGCAGGGCAAGGCAGGGCAGGGUCUUCUUCAAGCUCGCAUCUCCACAGCGCGGAUGGUAGGAGCAGCACCGCCACCACCACCAAACCACAACCACCACCUGAUCCUCUCUUGCUGCUAACUGAUGCUCCCCUACCAACUGCUUCUUCAUACGACCUACGUUCUUCGGCUGCUGCAACAGAAUAGAAUGAUUCACCAAUAUAUCCACCAACAACACACACCAAAAAAAAAAAAAAAAA